CUUCAAGUUACUUCUUCCAACUCAAGUAAUAGCGAUAUGGCGUUAAAAGCAGUCUGUUGUUUACAAGGACCUGUUGUCAGUGGUACUAUCUUUUUCCAACAAGAGAGCGGCACAGGGCCAAUCCGCAUCUCUGGUGAAGUCAAAGGUUUAGCACCUGGAAAGCAUGGCUUCCACGUUCAUGAAUUUGGCGAUAACACGCAAGGUUGUACAAGUGCCGGAGGUCAUUAUAACCCUCAUAAAAAGGUACAUGGUGCGCCAGGGGAUGAAAUCAGACAUGUUGGUGAUCUCGGCAACAUCGAAGCUAAUGAACAAGGAGUAGCAAGUAUUAAUAUGACUGAUAGAAUGGUGACAUUAACUGGACCAUAUUCAUGCAUCGGCAGAACUAUUGUUGUCCACGAAGGUGUCGACGAUUUAGGAAAAGGUGGUCAUGAAUUGAGUUUAACUACGGGUAACGCUGGUGCUCGUGUUGCUUGUGGAGUUAUUGGUAUUACCAAAUGUUAACAACGUGCUAGUUCAAAGCUACAUGCCAACUGUUGAACAACAGUUGGCAUCCAUAGCAAGGCUUGUAAUAAAAAUUCUGCACCACCUCUGUGACCGCUUGAUAGUCACAUUGAUUCGAUUUUAAUCUCGUCAAUACUUGUAGAGCACUAAUUACCUGUAGCUAGAAAAAGCUGACUAUUAAUUACCGAUUCUUGUUGUUAACAACAGUAAGUUACGGCUUGAAGGCUCAUUUUGUCCUAUAAACCCAAAUGAUAGUUUGUAUGCUAGGUGUCUCACUGGUUUACGUGGUGCAUCGCUGUAUUAUUAAUAGUGCUGUUUAUCAGACGUACCAAAUUAUCUGCUAUUAAUUAAUAAAGACAUUUUGUGAAA